UCCUGUAUUCCUGACCUGGUGUAUAUUGUUCAUUGCUUGAGGUAAAUUAUGUUUUGUUUCCCAAAUGGAUCAUAACUCAGACACGCAACUACAAUUGUUAGGCUUGGAUCAGAACAAGAGAACAGAUGGUUAUCUGUCCAAAUAUGACGCUUUUGUGGUGUUUUCUUAGAAUACCUGGCUGCUGGAAAUCGUGUUUUGGCGGCUUGGGGGCGUAGCAGUGACGCACACAGACCGAAGCCGCAGGCCUGGAUAAAUACCGCUGCUCUCGACCGUUAGAGCCACUUCCCCCCUUCCUCUCGACACCGAGUACUUCUCUUAGACAGAACAGAAGACGAAUCCGACAAUAACAUGUCUCCAAACAUGUCUUAUGAAACGCUGCAGCCUUUUUCUCCACGGCUCACCGUGGCCAAAAGAAAACAGGCUCUGGAGCUGAGAAAGGCUAUAAAACCAUUGAUGGAAAAAAGAAGGCGCGCUCGUAUCAACGACAGUCUGGACCAACUGAAAAACCUCAUUCUUCCCCUCACAGGCAGAGAUAAGACUCGCUUCUCUAAACUUGAGAAAGCAGACAUCCUGGAGAUGACCGUGAGGUUUCUCGGCAACAUGCCCUCUGAAAACACCAAAGACGCUGCAGACAGUUACAGAGAAGGCUACAAAGCCUGCCUCCAGCGCGUCUCGACUCUGCUUCCCAAUUCCAGCCUGGAUCCGGAGGCGUGCCAGCGGGUGAACGAAUUCGUUCAGCAGUCCAUGUCCUCCAGCAUCGCUCCGACAUGUGUGAAAUGCUGCACCCAAGGCUCCAGAACGUUCCCAGAGAUCCAGAGGAAACUCGUGAGCCUGAAAUCCAGCGUCACCUCCAGACUGGAGAACCAAUUCCAGCACAGCGGUGGCGCGGUGGCUCCAGGCGGAGCUCAGCCGGGUCCACAGGCCGUCCACGCCGCCAUGUGGAGACCUUGGUAGAUAGUUCAAAUGUAGUUGGGAAAACACGCUGAAAAUAUCGGAUGUGACAGUGACAAGAUAGCGUCAAGAUAGCAGCGAACGGGAUUUUUUGCGCAGUGAUUGUUGUUGAUGAAUAUCGUUAUUUCGUCGUUACUUUAAUGAUUGAGUAUUAUAUACUUACGCGUUACGCACGGGUCUAUUGUCCAACACGCGGUGACAGUUUUAGUCAGUCGUAAUCUUUUUCAGAAUCUGCAUGUAUGUAUACGGUAAAUAUUUAGUCCUCCUCGUGGACUAAGUUAAAAGGGUGUACUGAAACAGCCCUGUAAGACCCUGAGGGUCAGUGUUUGUUAGAUUUGCACCAUAGACCUCAGUGUCCUGAGUCUGUGCAGAUGGAAUUUGUAGACAUGUUAUGUGUCAUUGAAAGUAUCUCUGUUGGGAUUUGUUGUAUAUUUUUUUGCUAUCGUUGUAGCAAAUUUCUGUAUAUAUGUUAUAUAAAUCCAAAAAAGUAAUAAAACUGCGAUGUCGUGGUUAAAAUGUGUACGUGUCCUACUUGUUUCUUCAAAAACACGGUUUCAUUGUGCGUAAUGACGCAUGGGUAAGAGGAUGAAUGGCACUGAAACACACACAAGAUGGGUCAAAAACAGUUUAAAAUGCUACAAAAAAAUUAUGCGCGCGCAUGCACGCAAUCGUUACAUAGUAGGGGCCAACAUUAGCAGCAGGAAAACAAAGAUAACGUCAUCAGACGCCACAUUUCAUUCAUUAAAACAAGCAUAUAACCAUAUAUGGCAAGAACGUCUUGAGCACAGACGCCAAAAACCAAACGUCUGUCAGGAGCUUCUUAAACCAAGACAAUGAAAACCGUUAGAAGACCCCUGUGUGGAUGUUGUGGUAAACAGCGCCUACCUCAGACAGCACGUGGUAUUAUUACACAGGCCUAACAAAUUGUGGUCUCUGCUGCCCUCCUGUGGUUGUUUUGUGGUGCAGUAUAGUCACGUUUACUUGCAUUUAUUUCCACAUCUGGGAAAUCUACCACACACACUCUCGUACUGUCCAAAAUUGAGCUUAACGUAAAAAAACGACUUGAGUUGAGUAGCUCGAAAAAGAAAGAAAAUGAUUUCCUACUGUAUCACUGCCUGUCUGUUGAAAAAAACCCAAACAUUUUAAGCCAGUGACGCUACACAAUGUCCGGCUGUGGAAAAUCACAAACCGUCCCUCCUGCAGUACCGCCGCGGUCCACAAGAUUAUAUCUUUCCACAAUUGUGCUUCCU